AUGCCCUCCAAAGACAUGGAGCAGUUUCAGGUUGUUGGUCCAGAUGUUUCUCUUGUUGUUGGAGCUGGUGAAGAUCUGAUGCUGCCCUGUUCUCUCAAACCCAACAUCAGUGCUGUGAAUAUGAGAGUGGGGUGGUUUAGAGUCUAUACAUCAGAUUUAUUGUUGCAUUUAUAUGACAAUGGAGAUGAAAGUAAGGAUCAGAUUCAGUCUUACAGAGGGAGGACAUCCCUGUUUAAAGAGGAACUACAGAAAGGCAACACUUCAUUAAAACUCUCAAGAGUUAAGAUCACGGAUGAAGGAGAAUACAGAUGUGUUGUCCGGUCUGAAAACUGGUUUGAUGACAUUUCAUUAAGUGUCAGUGUAGCAGCUGUGGGAACCUACCCAGUGAUCUCUAUGGAGAGCUACAGUAAAGAUGGGAGACUCAGUCUAUUGUGUGAAAUUAAAGGCUGGAACCCUGAACCUGAAGUUGUGUGGUUGGACAACGAUGGAAACCUUCUCCCUGAUGAAGAUACAGAGACACUCAGAGACACAGAAAGAUUCCAUGUUAAGAAACGUGUCACUGUACAUGACAGUAACACCAACAGGUUCUUCUGCAGAGCAAUACUGAGAGAUCACAUGAAGGAGGCAGAGAUUGUCAUAUCAAUGUCUGAGAAGGCACAUGCAGAAUAUGCUGAGGAAAAAGAGAAACAGAUAUUAGAGGUUUUCACAGUGGGUGUUACUCUGGAUCCUGAUACAGCAAAUCCCUGCCUCAUCCUGUCUGAUGAUAGGAAACAAGUGACAUUUGGAGACACACAACAAGAUCUCCCUGACAACCCAGAGAGAUUUAGGUAUAAUAACUGGCUUAGUGUCCUGGGAAAGGAAGGGUUCUCCUCAGGGAAAUUUUACUAUGAGGUGCAGGUCAGUGAGAAGACUGAUUGGGCUUUAGGAGUGGCCACAGAGUCAGUAGAGAGGAAGAGUCCUAUUAAAUGGUGUCCUGAGAAUGGAUACUGGACUGUGGGUCUGUGGGAUGAUAAUGAGUAUAAGGAUCUUCUCAAUCCCUCUGUAUUUCACUCUCUGAAACAGAAACCCCAGAAGGUGGGGGUGUUUGUGGAUUAUGAGGAGGGUCUGGUCUCCUUUUAUGAUGUGGAGGCCAGGUCUCAUAUUUACUCUUACACUGGUCAGACUUUCACUGAGAAAAUGUAUCCUUUCUUUAACCCGUGGCAUAAUACUAGAGGCAAAAACUCUGCUCCAUUGAUCAUUACUCCUGUCCAUUACAUGGAAUAA